CAGCUUGUCGUGCCUGCUGUGAUGGGCGUCGCGUGCAGCGAGAUCAGCUGUGGGCCUGACAUGACACGGAUGGAGGCUGAGAACAACGGGAAGCCCCUGCUGGUCCGUGAGGAGUCAUCUCUUAAUAUCCCAGCUAUUGCUGCUGCCCACGUUAUUAAGAGAUACGUUGCCCAGGCACCGGGUGAACUCUCCUUGGAGGUGGGAGACCUCGUGUGCGUCAUCGAUAUGCCGCCUCAGGAGCUGAGCCCCCACUGGAGAGGCAAGCAUGGCUUUCAGGUUGGAUUUUUCCCUGGUGAGUGUGUGGAGCUCAUUAAUGGAAAAAUCCCAGAGUCUCUCAUCAAUUCGGUGCCAAAGCCAGUGCCAAAGAAGCGCGGCAAGCUCCUCACCUUCCUUCGUUCCGUGGUGAAGGCUCGGCCAAAGCAACGGAAAGAGCGGGAGGUGGAGAAGGAGAGGGUGUUCGGCCGUGACCUGGGAGAGCAUCUUCUCCACUCUGGUCGUGAUGUCCCCCAGGUCCUCCAGAGCUGCGCCGAGUUCAUCGAGCAGCAUGGCGUGGUGCAGGGGAUAUACCGCCUGUCCGGCGUGGCGUCCAACGUCCAGAGACUGCGCCAGGAAUUUGAGUCUGAGCAGGUUCCUGAGCUAACGGUCCGCGACGUUCACAGCGCGAGCUCCCUCUGCAAAAUGUACUUCAGGGAGCUCCCGACCCCCCUGCUGACCGACCAGCUGUACGACAAGUUCUCGGAUGCUGUUGGUGCCACUACGGAGGAGGAGCGGCUGGUCAGAAUGCGGGACGUCAUCCAGCAGCUGCCCGCUCCUCACUACAGGACCCUGGCGUAUCUGAUGAGACACUUGGCCUGUCUGGCUGGGCACUGCUCCACCACAAACAUGCAUGCGAAGAACUUAGCGAUUGCGUGGGCUCCAAACCUCUUAAGAUCACAGCAGAGCGAGUCUGCCUGCGCCAGUGGGAGAGCUGCCUGCACGGAACUGCAGACGCAGUCGUCUGUGGUGGAAUUCAUCAUCGACCACACAGACGUCCUCUUCUGCUCCACAUCUGGACGUGACCUCGCAGGUGGAGCAGGGCACAGUUCUCUCUCAGGGCCCCAACCAAGUCCACCCAGCAGGAUGAAGGAAUCACCAGCUGGCUGUUGGUGUUCCUGCUUCAGCCUGGGAAAACCAUCGUCUGGGGCCAAACGCCAGCCACAGCGCCGUCCCAGGGAGCCCUCAGAAAUAGAAAUCGUAGUGCUGGCAGAUGAACUGAGCCCUUGUCCACCCAGAAGAGCCGGAGCAAGUAGCGAAGCUGGGCUGUGUGCUUCCACCAGUGGAGAGCUCUUGGGAAGCACAAAUGGCUGUGGUUCACAUGACAGCCUUCCACGUAACAACAGUGAUGGAGAGAGGGAGCUCAUCCAAGUUGAAGCCCUCAUUUCUCCCGGCUCUGCUGAAGAUGCUGACCUGAGCCUGCCAGAAACCACAGUCGCCAGCGUGGACUGUGACCCGGCGCCUUUGCAGUGCAGCCCAGCCCAAGCACAGUCCGAGUGCCCCGACAGCAGCACCUCUGUGCAGGAGCAGGUCGGCAUCACCGAUGAGAAGCUGUGCCUCUUGGAGGGGGGCUUAGAAUCAGGCCCUCAGUCCCAGGCACCGUGCAGCGGAUCUGACAGCUCUGAGCCACUCUCUCCAUGA